UUGAGAGUCGUUUUGUAAUAUUCUAAGUGUACGUUUUAUUCAAGAAUGUACUGUUUUUUAUCACCGAAUACCUUAUAUUAGUAGAACAACCGAUUGAACUAUUACUUUUAAAUAAGGAAUUAUUUUUUUAGUGAUUACGAUGGCGUUGGAAGAAUGCAGAACUGAGGCAAGCAUUGGAAUAGAAUUUUCGGAAAGCGACCACGAUUCGACUGUUGGCGAAAACACGAAUUCAACAUCAGUAAAGACUGCUGCUCAUGCUGAUAGUUGUUCGCCUUCUGAGAAGGGUAAAAGGAAACGUAUUUCACCGCAUUCGACACCAAAAGUAGGAGAAGGGUUUGGAGAUAGCAAAGCUGGAGAACUUUUAAAAAAGAUCCCAGACCUUACAGAUAUGUUCACCUUACUUUCAAAAGUGGGAGAAGGUACCUUUAGUAAUGUUUAUUUGGCAAAAAUGAACAGAAUACCGGAUGAAUUCUGUGCGCUGAAACACAUCAUACCUACAAGUGGCCCGGGGAGAAUUGAAAAUGAAUUGAAAUGCCUUCAGGACAUUGGAGGUACUGACAAUGUGAUUGGUGUUCAAUCAACUUUACGACGUGAUGACAAUAUAGUAUUUGUUUUACCGUACUUUCCACAUCAGAAUUUUCAGGAGUACUUUCUUGAGAUGAGUGUUUGUGAAAUCAAGGAAUACAUGAAAAACUUGUUUAUUGCUUUGCAAAGAGUUCAUUCUUUCCAAGUCAUUCAUAGAGAUGUGAAACCGAGCAACUUUCUUUAUUGUAGAGAUACAACAAGGUACCGACUUGUAGAUUUUGGCCUGGCUAUGAAGGUACCUGGCAGUUGUGAUUCUCUUCUGGACUCUCCUAAAGAACAAAUGAAGAAACCCAAACGAGGUAGCCAUCACUCUCCCAAGAGCACAGCUCAGCCCAGACGCCGUAGCUCACGUUUGUCCCCUCAGACUGAACACAAAGAGCAGCCAGCGAGUAAAGUUACAGGAGAAUGUGUUUUAAAGCCACGUUGUGUAAACUCAACCAGUUGGCAGUUUACCCAUCAGACCAGAGACUUUAAAGUUCCCGCUAAAAGUGCAACAACAAAUUUAAGAAGAACUUCUAAUGAGAAUUCAAAAUCUAAGAAGGCUUCAUUCAAGCCACUACAAGUGCUGUGUCCCUUACGACAUGGUCCCAAAGAGGUCUGCACCAUUUGUAUGGCAAGGGGUCAUCAAAACACUCCACGUGCCGGCACACCAGGAUUUCGCUCUCCCGAAGUGUUACUCAAAUACCCUCACCAAUCCACAGCCGUGGACAUUUGGUCAGCGGGGGUCAUAUUUCUUUCUAUACUUAGCGGUAGAUACCCAUUUUUUAGAGCGUACGACGAUAUGACUAGCUUGGCACAAAUUAUGACUUUGUGUGGAACCGAUGCCGCUACAAAAGCAGCUUUCAAAUUAGGCAAGGAUCUUCAUUGUAGCGCUGAUAGUCCAGGUGGCAACCUUAAAAUACUUUGCACAGAACUGCGCAGUCGCGCUAGCAAAGAACCAACCGUGAAGUGCUGCGUGAAACAGUGUAAUCGUGCAGACACAGACCAAUCAACUCCUGCAAAGCGCCGUAAAAGAAGAUCGGCUUCUCCGUCAAGCCCUCAAACACAAACACCUGUGGCUUCAAAUCUGUGGCAUCGACGUUGCAAGAUAUGUCAAAAACAAAGUCCGUAUUGCUGUAUAUUGAUUGAAAAUGAGAAAGAACUCACUGUUAAAACUUGUGAGCAAUCGGACGUUUUUCGAUCCAUACAUGUGGACGGCAGUGAAUGUGACUGUACCUGUUGUAAUUGUUGUUGGGCGAUUGAGGACGCUGCAUAUGAGCUUUUGGAAAGAUGCCUUGAUCUUAACCCGCAUACUCGUAUCACGGCGGCGGAAGCUUUGGAGCAUCCCUUUUUGAAGGAUUGAUCAUAUUUUUUACUCAUCCAAAGAAAAGUUACCAAAGCUUGCUAAAGCGGUAAUGCCCCAGCACGUUCUAUUCAUGUACCUACACACACGUGCUUCCAAAUGUCAACUUGAUCACCGCAAGGUUGUAUGAAGUCAUCUCAUGCGCUGUACAUUAAUAACACCCAUGCACUGUACGUAAUUGAAAAUGUCGGCGGAAGCUAUCUGUAGUGACUCUGACUUAAGAGACACCCUGUGUCAAGUAGUCGUGUGCAACUGCAAGAGCAAAAAUGCUUUUAUGUUUCUACUAUUAUGUGCACAGUCUUACAACUGCGGGUCAUGAAAUAUCAAGGAAAAUUUAGAAUCGAAAGUAAAUAUGAAUUUUAAACUAAAGUGAGAGAUUAUAUUUAUACAGAUGUUUUUUUACAGUAUCCAUUUUAACAAUAACCCACUACGAAGACUUGACAAGAACUUUAAUGCAAUUGUGUACAUUCGUAUUUUACAUCCACUUUUCGAGAUUUCUUACGUAAAAGAAAGAGAUGGUACCAUUAAACUUUACUGGUUAUGGUAAGCGAGGAAUUAAUGGAUUGUGAAAUAAAAGGUAUGCAUAUGAUUCAACAAGGACCACUUUAGUCCGAAGGAUCCAUUCUAGUGUAAAGACAAUGUGUAUAACUUUGAAAUAAACCACUCUUCAGCA